CUUGACGCUGGCACAGCUUUUUGCUUAUCUUUUGUUUGUUUUAAAAUAUACUUUGAUUUCUUUGUAAGAUGUUUUGUCAGUUCUAUCCCCCCGCCCCCUUUGAGCCCGAUGGCCAAAGUUGCCCCCCUUUUUUUUUCUCCCCACUAUUCAGUCAUUCACUUCAGUGUGAUUUUUCUCUAUCUCUGAUGCCAUCUGAGGCCCUUCCCUAACCCCGGCCCUGGGAAGGCCCCCCCUCCACUACACCCUGGCUCUGGGCAGAUUCCCCCUCCCUCUUAAGAGGCUAAUAAUGUUGAAGGGGGAAACAUUUCUAUAGAUCCCCAACGAAUUAAACCCUCCUUUUUUUCUGGAAGUUACUUUUCAGACCGCUUUAUACUUUUGCCUUUGAGCCUCGCUAGAAUAGAGGCAUCACCAUUCUCUCUCCACUCCCUACACCAUGCUUCCUCUCACAAUGCUCUUCCCUCUGACCUCUCAACCUCGGGUCAGCCCCUCUCCCCUCACAGGAAGAAAGGCUGGGCUUUUCAAAUUGUUAGCAAUAAUUAUGGUUCUGAUAUGGAUUUUUUUUAUAAACUCAUAAAAUGUUCAAAACAAAGGUGGUUUUGGAGGGAUAAUGCUGGCUCGGUCUUGGAAGGAUAAAUGAACUGAUGAAGUUAGUUAAUCUCUGCAAUGCAAAAGAUAAGAUGGCCUCUAACCAAACCACAUAACUCCACCACUCAAUCCAGUUUUCCCACUACCCCCUACCCAUGCAGAUUUGCUAGUCUUGUAUCUUGUGGAGUGCCCUCUGACCCGUUUAUUCCGUCUUUAUUUACCUCCUCUAAGCCAUGCAUACAUUGGCCCCUUUUAACGAUAUCUCUGUCCAUCUCCCUGAUACGAUAUCUAUACCUUCCCUGGGUUGGGUGAAAGCUGGAACUGUGGAGUUGACAUCUUGCUAGGUGACCUGGUGCCAGGCCAUCUUAUUUGGUGCCAGAAGGGGGAGGAGUUCCAGGGAGCUGCCAGGCCAGCCCCCGUGCACUGUGGCUCCUCCCCCCGCGCGCUCGCUUGGCCCGGUGGAGUGUGCGCGCUAAGAGCUGCCUUCCUGACACCCCAGCUACGCCCUAAUCAGAGGCUCGACACGACCCCACAGUGCUCUCAAAAUCCAAGCCUAGGUCUACUCACCCCAUCUGAUCAGAAACAGCCGAUGCUGCCGCUAAGGCCAACUGGGCCCUACUGGUUAUCUUAUCUGACUGUCCCUGCUGUCUUCGAGUGGGUGAAUAGAAUAGUCAGGGUAUGAAAACGUGGUACAGUCCUUUCACACACACCCCUCCUUACAAGAGCCUGUAGUACGGUCCGAUGCUGCGUCAGGCAGACAGCUCACAAUCUGCACUCCGCCGCCCGCGUUCAGUUGGCUGGGUUAGAGAGAAACACGCACGCGCAGCAACCAGCGUUGACCUCUUUAUUUCAGAGCUACCUAUGGAGGCUUCUAGAUACCCAAUCAUUACACACCACGGCUUUUCUUCUCACUCCCCAUUGGCCAGGAUUCAAGCACAACAGGACAAAGAAAAAGCAUUAAAAAAAGAACCUUUUUGGAAAAAGAGGUUGAAGAAGAGUAUGCUAUGACAUAUUAUUUCCAAAGAAAUGUGAUCAGUUCAUUUGAUGAAGAUCAAGCUAGUUAUCCUCCCUCCUUUCUCCUAGCUUGGCCAUACUAUAAUAUUAUAAUAUUAGUGAUUGAUAAAACACAUUAUCAAAGCCUUUCUUCCCUCCUCCCACCCCCCCCCCCACCCCCCCGUACAUCCGUUUUUUGUAUUGGAAAAUCAAAUGAACAUUCAUUGCAUGAGUGUAAACAGAGCAGGUUGUCUUCAUUUUGUUGUGCUUUUCUUUGUUUGUUUUUUUAGGGACGUUUUAUUUCAUUUACAUAUGAGAGGGAAAAAAUAAUGUCUUGUUUGCUAACUUUUACUAACGCUGUUGUUUUUAUUUUGUCUCUUGGUUUUUUUUUCCACGACUGAUGAUGUUAUUUAGAAGGUUGUUUCAGGUGGGUGAUGAUGUUACUCCUGCUACCGUACCCUAGGUGCCCUGGCUGAAACACGGAUCACUAGGGCAGCAUCAGUCCUCAACCGCCUGCUGCUGAGGCUGCCGCCCGCCCCUCUGACAAAGUCCAAACAAUAUGGCGUGUUACCUGAAGGCUAUUGAGACUCAGCCCAACUUUGCGGUGGCUUGGAGCAACCUGGGUUGUGUGUUCAACGCCCAGGGAGAGAUAUGGUUGGCCAUACACCACUUUGAGAAGGCUGUGACUCUGGAUCCCAACUUCCUGGAUGCCUACAUCAACUUGGGCAACGUUCUGAAAGAGGCUCGCAUCUUUGACAGAGCGGUGGCUGGCUACCUGCGCGCCCUCAGCCUGAGCCCCAACCACGCCGUCGUCCACGGCAACCUGGCGUGCGUCUACUACGAGCAGGGUCUUAUCGACCUGGCCAUCGACACGUACCGCCGCGCCAUCGAGCUACAGCCCCACUUCCCCGACGCCUACUGUAACCUGGCCAACGCACUCAAGGAGAAGGGCAAUGUAAGGAAGAACACGGUAUCCGAGGCUGAGGAGUGUUACAACACGGCCCUGCGUCUGUGUCCCACCCACGCUGACUCUCUCAACAACCUGGCCAACAUCAAGAGGGAACAGGGCAACAUCGAGGACGCCGUCCAGCUCUACAGGAAAGCCCUGGAGGUGUUUCCAGAGUUUGCAGCAGCCCACUCUAACCUGGCCAGUGUUCUGCAGCAGCAGGGGAAACUCCAGGAGGCCCUCAUGCACUACAAGGAGGCCAUCAGAAUCAGCCCUACGUUUGCUGAUGCCUACUCGAACAUGGGCAACACUCUGAAGGAGAUGCAGGAUGUCCAGGGAGCGUUACAGUGUUACACCAGAGCCAUCCAGAUCAACCCUGCCUUUGCUGAUGCUCACUCUAACCUGGCCUCCAUACACAAGGACUCUGGUAACAUCCCAGAAGCCAUUGCUUCUUACCGUACAGCCCUGAAACUGAAGCCUGACUUCCCUGAUGCCUACUGCAACCUGGCACACUGCCUGCAGAUUGUGUGUGACUGGACGGACUAUGAUGAGCGUAUGAAGAAGCUGGUGAGCAUCGUGGCUGACCAGUUGGAUAAGAACCGUCUGCCCUCGGUGCACCCCCACCACAGCAUGUUAUACCCCCUCUCUCACGGCUUCCGCAAGGCCAUCGCUGAGAGGCACGGCAACCUCUGUCUGGACAAGGUACAGGCCCUCAUCGAAAUCAAUGCGCUCCACAAGCCGGCCUUUGAGUACCCCAAGGACCUGAAGGCCAGCGCGGGUCGUCUGAGGGUGGGAUAUGUCAGCUCUGACUUCGGGAACCACCCCACCUCCCACCUCAUGCAGUCCAUCCCCGGCAUGCACAACUCUGAGCAGUUUGAGGUGUUCUGCUAUGCCCUGAGCCCAGAUGACAACACCAACUUCAGGGUUAAGGUGGUGGCCGAGGCCCAUCACUUCACUGACCUGUCACAGCUCCCGUGUAACGGUAAGGCAGCAGACAGGAUCCAUCAGGAUGGACUCCACAUCCUGGUCAAUAUGAACGGCUACACCAAAGGAGCCCGCAACGAGCUGUUUGCCCUGCGCCCCGCUCCCAUCCAGUGUAUGUGGUUGGGCUACCCGGGGACCAGCGGAGCUCCCUUCAUGGACUACAUCGUGUCAGACAAGGAGACGUCCCCCAUCGAGGUGGCGGAGCAGUACUCUGAGAAACUAGCUUACAUGCCACACACCUUCUUCAUUGGAGACCACGCGAACAUGUUCCCCCACCUCAAGAAAAAGGCGGUGAUUGACUUCAAGUCUAACGGCCACAUCUUUGACAACCGCAUCGUUCUGAAUGGCAUUGACCUCAAGGCCUUCCUGGACAGCCUGCCUGACGUAAAGGUGGUCAAGAUGAAGUGUGCCAGUGGGGACAGUGGAGCAGCAGAAACCAACGGGGCUCUGUCCAUGCCUGUCAUCCCCAUGAACACAGCAGCUGAGGCCAUCAUCAACAUGAUCAACCAGGGACAGAUUCAGGUCACCAUCAACGGAUUCACCGUCAGCAAUGGACUGGCCACCACACAGAUCAACAACAAGGCGGCUACAGGAGAGGAGGUUCCUCGUACCAUCGUCGUGACAACCCGCUCCCAGUACGGCCUGCCUGAAGACUCCAUCGUCUACUGCAACUUCAACCAGCUCUACAAGAUCGACCCCCCCACCCUGCAGAUGUGGGCCAAUAUCCUGAAGCGUGUUCCCAACAGUGUCCUGUGGUUGCUGCGUUUCCCUGCGGUGGGCGAGCCCAACAUCCAGCAGUACGCCCAGAACUUCGGCCUGCCCGCCUCCCGCAUCAUCUUCUCUCCGGUGGCGCCCAAGGAGGAGCACGUGAGACGGGGCCAGCUGGCCGACGUGUGUCUGGACACGCCACUCUGUAACGGACACACCACCGGCAUGGACGUCCUCUGGGCCGGGACACCCAUGGUUACCAUGCCAGGUGAGACCCUGGCGUCACGUGUGGCAGCCUCUCAGCUGCAGUGUCUGGGCUGUCCAGAGCUCAUCGCCCACACCAGACAGGAGUAUGAGGACGUGGCCGUCAAACUGGGCUCUGACAUGGAAUAUCUGAAGAUGAUCCGGUCCCGUGUGUGGAAGCAGCGUAUCUGCAGCCCUCUGUUCAACACCAAGCAGUACACUAUGGAUCUGGAGAAGCUCUACCUGCAGAUGUGGGAGCGCCACGCCAGCGGAGGCAAGCCAGACCACCUGGUCAAACUGCAGCCCAUCGAGAGCAGCGAGAGCGCCUGAAGACCCAGAGUGCGUCCCAAAUGGCACCCUAUUCAGUACACUGCUUAUGACCAGGGCCUAAAGAGAGUGUGGACAAAAGUAAUGCACUACAAAAAGGAAUAGGGUGCUAUAUGAGACGCAGCCCCCGACCAGACGUCCCACCCUGACCUCUAACCUCACCCCUGUCCAACUCCAGCCCCUCCAGAGCAGUAGAAGCACCUGGACUUGAACUCUGACCCCCACUCGCCCUUAACCCACCACUCUGCCCCUCCUGCCCAAAGCCUAGCACCUAUCUGCUCCUCUUCAACCCUGCUUCCCUCUUCCCUCCCCUGUGACUUGGACUCUUGUCUGUUGUAGAGCCUGCAGGUGUGUCUUCAUCCCCCCCCUCCCUCCUUCACUCCUAGUCAUCAUAUCCCAUCUUACCUGUUUCCCUGAGCCAGACUGAGCCAGAACCACUCAGCUCUUCACCUGAGACUCUUCCCCCAAACCACAGCAUCCACACAGGGUAGGAGAGGAGGAGGAACAACCCCCCAUCCUUCCCUCCAUCCAGCGCCUGGAAGAGACUCCCCGUGGCUUUUUCUCUUCUCUCUCUGUGUGUGUGUGUAUAUGGGACUCUUUACACAAGCCUGCAUCAAUGUCCCAAGCCUGCAUCAAUGUCCCAAGCCUGCCUCAAUGUCCCAAGCCUGCCUCAAUGUUUUUCGAUCUCCAUGUAAUAAUUGAAUCUGGAAUAAGAGGUUGAUGUAAUAAGAGUAUAUGAAGGGACUGUGUUGCAGUCUGAACAUCUAGUAACUCUUGUCUUGAACUAAAAAACGUUGAAUCAGCUUAAUCAUGUUAAAACAUUGUCUUUUGGUUUUUCUCAUCUUAUGCUAUUGGUAACUGCCAGGAUAAGAGUAGAUAGAUGCAUAUGAUUAAUAUCAGAUUUCAGAGAGAAAGAUCAGAACUACCUCCCUCCCUCCCCACCACCACCACCACCAAAUGCCAACUUUUAAGGAUUUUGUGUCAAUGUAAGAAAACUAAAAAACUCUCAAUGGCUUUGUCCUGUUGUUCGAUAUCACGCAGUAUGCUUGUUAAGACCAAACCCUAUGGAUAAAUUGGACAGACAGGAGUUUCUUGUUAGUACUACCCAUUGGAAAGGCCCUGUAUUUCUGUCACCCUUAGUUAUGCCCUCUCCCCACGUAAUGAUUGAUUAUCACUCAAACCAGGAAUGGCCUAGGUAAGUAUUUUGUAAGCAAGUUUUUGUUUUGUACUCUUGUCUUUCUGUGAACUGUUUUAUUUAUGCUCUGUCUGGUAUGCUGCAAGGCUCUGACUCAAUUUCUGUUGAAAUAAAGACAAAUAUGGCAAACCUC